AUGGUUGACCAAAACGAAAGCGCUUUUUUGGCGAAACUCCCAGUGGAGGUUCGCUGUCGAAUCUACGAACUGGUAUUUGGAGACAAGAUCAUCGUAUUCAAGGGCAACAGCGAGCCAAAAUUCGGGCAUUGUCUUUGUCCUGUUCGAGGCCAAAAGUGGCACUGGCUCAGCUGGGACAAACCACCCGCCAUAUCUUGUAGGUGUAUAUGCCACGAAAACGACGGCCGAACUCUGCGCCUUCCGCUGCUCCUGGCCUGCCGCCAAAUCUUUUCGGAGUCUGUGCAUAUCCUGUGGUCCCAAAAUCCGAUUCAUGUCCAGCUGGUGACUGGCCCAUUGGACUUUGGCUUGUUUUCUGACCUUCGAUCCACUAUACCGUCUGCCAACUUCCACGCAGUCCGCUCGCUUGAGAUCUCGGUCUUACAUCCACUCGUUAGAAGACGUCCUCAGACCCUUGAUGACGAGUGGUUUAGCGGCUGGACGAGCACUUGGGAUGUCAUCAAAGGAAUGAACGGACUUGUUAAUAUCCAGGCCUGGAUAAAGAUGGACCAGGAACUAGGAGAGGAUUAUAUGACUGCCGAACAGGAGGCAAUGUUAUUUGCGCCGCUAAUGGGACUAGACUGGCUACGGGAUUUCAAGGUCGAGGUAACAUGGCCGGCAAAUGAAGGCUCUGAAAGCUUCCUUCGUGGUGCGCCAUUUGAUCUUGCUAGGAAUAACGACCCAAUACCGGGGAAGCCCGUCUGGGUUGAAGUCCAUGAAUAUCCUGCACGACUUCGCACAAGGGCCGUGGCUUAG